ACAGCGAUGGGACAUUAGCCUGGUUGCCUGUAACACGGACACGUAAGUGUGAGCAAAGUACUCCGUAAGUACUUUGGCGUUGCCCCGCAUAAGAGACGCCGUGAUCGGAUCGAUGGCAGGUGUCUUGUCACGAUUAAACUAGCUUUUGCUUUUGCAGACUAAUGGAGGUUGUGACGGGCGGCCCUUCAAGCCACACCCGAAGGAUUGCUUGACCGACCCCUUUUGUGGUGUCGGCAAUGGUGGGUGUCGCUGAUCAGUGGGUCGUGGCUCAUUUCAGUCGUGGGUUUGGCCUCGUUUCAUCGUCUCGUCUACUUUGCUCGGGGUCCACCGUGCUAUGGUGUGCAAUUGGUGGCUGUGCGCUGGAGAGCUCAGAUAAUCAACUAGAUGGUGUCACCCAGUGUGAAAGCAUCAUGUGCGGGCAUAUGUGCGUGGUACUGUAUAAAACCUCAAGUAUUGCAGAACGGUCUGCCCGAUGUCAUGGUCGGCAGACGAUUUAUCCCAUGGUCACCGUGUCAGCGGAAAUGUCAGAUAAUCCCCGAGUAAGCCUCGAUAGGUGACAGGAAUGGCAUUGCCAAUUGCGAUCCAGUCGGUGGCCGCUAUGUCCUAUUGCAUGUGACAGGUAGAGCUCGUUCCUCAGAGCUCCGUUCCAUGGUAGUUGUCUGAAUCUAGUGAGUUGUUGUCCUGAGGAAUCGAGGGCGAUCGACCAGAUCUCCCAAUUCGGCCAGUUCUCAGUCAGGAAGGUUAAGUCAUGACUUCGAGAUUCAGUAUCACAGCAACGUUACGAUCCAAAGAAACCAAGCAAUAAUCUUAGGUCUUCGCUCCACAGCAGAACAGCGAUUACGCCCCGUAGCUGCGAUCACAAGAGAUCCCAUCUUCACAUCAUCGGGGUCCCACGCAGACAUGGAAUAGGGCGUAGUGUUCAAUAGUCCGCAGACUACUGUGCUGCUCAUGUAUGUAAUCGGUAGGCGCGACCAGGCACG